CGGUUCCCUCUAGGUCCCGCCCGGCUCCGCGGACGCUGCUCGCUGGCAACCAGCCUAAGGGAGGCGCGGAGGCUCGGGCGGGCUCUGGCUCGACCCGACUACAGAGGCGCUCAGUUAGGGUCUGGAUUGCCGGCGCGGACGCCAUCAGAAUCCGGGGUCGGGGCCGGGCAGCCAAAGGCUCGGAGCGCAGUGCGACGGGCGGGUGGCGGGGAGGUUAUGGCGGAGCCCACGGCGCGACACCUGUCGCUGCCCUCGGGGCUGCUGGAGCUGUGCGCCUUGCUGGGUGCCUCUCAGGACAGCCUCCGCGGCUUGGAGCAGAUUGCGCAGAAACGAGGAGUGAAGAACGCCUCUUCCCUGGCCCCUGAAGUUCUGUCUGUUUUCGUACCUCCUUUCACCACAAAAGACGAUGGCCAGGUGGCCGGAGCCAGCUGUACCCUCAGCAAAGCCAGGAGGCGGUCCUUCCGGAAGAAGAGAGAAAAACCCAGGAUGGAGUCCUGGAAGAGCCACCCCAGAGACUCAAAGGGGCCCGAUUCUGAGGAUGUCACCAUCCCAGGGGGCGUAGACCUCCUUGCCCUGCCCCAGCUGUGCUUCCCAGGGGGCGUGUGUGUGGCUUCGGAACCAAAAGAGGAUUACAUCCAUUUCCUGGUCCUCACUGAUGUCUGUGGGAACAGAACCCAUGGUGUGGUGGCCCAGUACUACCGACCCCUGCAUGAUGAAUAUUGUUUCUACAAUGGCAAGACCCACUGGGAGCCCAGUGUGAGCUCAGCGAGACGCUUUGUGCCCUUUGCAGUGUGCGUGGUGUCCCGCUUCCCAUACUACAACUCCCUCAAGGACUGCCUCUCCUGUUUAUUGACUCAUCUGAAGCUCUGUAAGGAUUUUGAAGUUGACAACCACAUAAAAGACUUUGCUGCGAGACUGUCGUUAAUACCCAGCCCACCACCUGGGCCGCUCCACUUGAUAUUUAACAUGAAGCCUCUGCAAGUUGUGUUUCCCUCUCGAGCGGACCCCGAGAGCCCCAUCAUCGACCUGGACCUUCACCUGCCCCUGCUGUGCUUCCGGCCUGAGAAGGUGUUGCAGAUCCUGACCUGCAUCUUGACGGAACGGCGCAUCGUGUUCUUCUCCUCAGACUGGGCCCUGCUGACACUCAUCGCCGAGUGCUUCGUGGUCUACCUCCACCCGCUGCAGUGGCAGCACACCUUUGUGCCCAUCCUGUCCGGUCAGAUGUUGGACUUUGUCAUGGCGCCCACAUCUUUCCUCAUGGGCUGUCACCUGGACCACUUUGAAGAAGUCAGAAAGGAAGCUGACGGUUUGGUCCUGAUAGACAUCGACCACGGAAGUAUCACUAAGUCCUCUGCCGAGGACAUAGAUAUCCCCGAAGUCCCCCUUGUGCUGGCCCAGACCUUCAUUCAGAGAGUCCAGAGCCUCCAGCUGCACCCAGAUUUGCAUCUCGCCCACCUGAGCUCCAGCACAGACUUGAAUGAGGGCCUCGCCCGCCGCCGAGCCUGGCAGCAGGCUCUCAACUGCAAGAUCCAGCAUAUCGCCCUUCAGCUGCUCGUCGGCAUCUUCAGGGAAGUGAAGAACCACUUGAAUUAUGAGCACCGCGUGUUCAACAGUGAGGAGUUUCUCAAGACACGAGCAGCAGGGGACCAGCAGUUUUAUAAGCAGGUUUUGGAUACCUACAUGUUCCACUCCUUCCUGAAGGCCCGGCUCAACGGCAGGAUGGACGCCUUUGCUCGGAUGGACCUCGACACCCAGUCGGAGGAGGACAGGAUAGACAGGAUGCUUAUAAGUCCAAGGAGACCUACUGUGGAGAAGAUGGCCUCCAGGAAGGUUUCACCCCUGCACAUCACCCACAGGCGCAUGGUGGUCAGCAUGCCCAACCUGCAGGAGAUCUCCCUGCCUGAGCUGCCACCCAGGAACUCAUCACUUCGGAUAAUGGACACCUCCAGCUGUAAAAGCAGCAGCCCAGUUCUCAAAGUGACCCCUAAGUCGACAUAUACCUUCAAGAUCCCCGAGAUCCACUUCCCACUGAUGAGCCAGUGUGUUCAGGCUUACUACACAGACCUCACCGCUCUUCUGAGCAAGGCCAUGGGCCUGCUGGGCCCUGGUGACUCUCUGCUCCUGGCCAGGUACAUCUACCUGCGUGGCCUUAUCCAUGUGAUGCAGGGCCAGCUGCUGAGUGCCCUCUUGGAUUUCCAGAACCUGUAUAAGACUGACCUAGGGAUCUUCCCAGCCGAUCUUGUGAAGAGCAUGGUGGAAUCCAUGUCGACCUCCGAGCGGGCCCAGGCUGAGCGGACACCUGAGCUUAAGCGGCUCAUCACAGAGGUCUUGGACAAGCCGGGUGAGGCCCCCAAAGCAGAUGACGCCGUGAAGAACUUUGAACUGCCCAAGAAGCACAUGCAGCUGAGCGACUUUGUGAAGCGGGUCCAGGAGUCGGGGAUCGUGAAGGACACCGUCAUUAUCCACCGCCUGUUUGACGCAUUGACCGUGGGCCAUGAAAAACAGAUCGACCCUGACACAUUCCGAGAUUUCUACACCUGCUGGAAGGAGACAGAGGCAGAGGCACAAGAGGUCAGCCUGCCUGCCCUGCUGAUGGACCAUCUGGAUAAGAAUGAAUGUGUGUACAAGCUGUCCAGCUCCGUGAAGACCAAUCGUGGAGUUGGCAAGAUUGCCAUGACCCAGAAACGUCUCUUCCUGCUCCCCGAGGGGCGGCCAGGCUAUGUGGAGAUCGCCACCUUCAGGAACAUAGAGGAAGUCAAAAACACCACAGUGGUGUUUCUCCUCCUGAAGAUACCCACCUUAAAGAUAAAGACGGUGGCCAAGAAAGAAGUCUUUGAGGCCAACCUGAAGUCUGAAUGUGACCUCUGGCACCUAAUGGUGAAGGAGAUGUGGGCCGGAAAGAAGCUGGCAGAUGAUCACAAGGACCCGCAGUACGUCCAGCAGGCACUGACCAAUGUUUUGCUUAUGGAUGCCGUGGUUGGCACGCUGCAGUCACAUAAUGCCAUUUUCGCUGCCUCCAAGCUGGCCUACUUUGACAAGAUGAAGAAUGAGGUGCCCAUGGCAGUCCCAAAGACAACCUCAGAGACUCUAAAACACAAGAUUAACCCUUCGGCUGGAGAGACCGCUCCUCAAGCUGUUGAUUUCCUGCUGUAUACUCCGGGGCGCCUUGACCCUGCAGAGAAAGUUGAAGACGCACACCCCAAGCUGUGGUGCGCCCUGAAUGAAGGCAAAGUGGUCGUGUUCGACGCCUCCUCUUGGACCAUCCACCAGCACCGCUUUAAACUGGGCGCUGCCAAAGUGAACUGCAUGGUGAUGGCAGAGCACAGCCAGGUGUGGGUGGGCUCCGAGGACUCCGUCAUCUACAUCAUCAAUGUCCACAGCAUGUCUUGCAACAAACAGCUCACGGAUCACCGUGCUGCGGUCACUGGCUUGGUGGUGCAGAAUGGAAAGAAGCCCAGCGAGCUCUACUCCUGUAGCCUGGAUGGGACGGUCCUGGCGUGGAAUGUCAGCACAUUGCGAGUGACCAGCCGGUUCCAGCUGCCGUGUGGGAACCUCAAGUCCAUCAGCCUGCACAGCGGCCGCCUGUACUGUUGUACAGGCCGCAGCAUCGUGGUGGUGACAACGCAGGGGUUUCAUUGUCGCGAGCUGAACGUCAACAACUCGAACAAGGCACCUACCCGCUUGCUCGUCUUCCAGCUUCUUCCUGAGAAGGAGCAGCUGUGGGCGGCCUCUGCGGAAUGCAGUGAGCUGUAUGUCUGGGACCUGAAGGACCUGGACCAGCCUCCUCAGAAGACACACUUGCAAGACUGCACCGAGGUUAGCUGCAUGAUCCGUGUGAAGAGGCAGAUCUGGGUGGGUGGCAGGGGGCUGUCGCAGGGCAAACCCAGAGGGAAAAUCUUUGUGAUGGACGUGGAGAAGUUGACAGUGGAAAAGGAGCUGGUGGCCCACUCUGACACCGUGAAGACCCUGUGCUCUGCCGAGGACCGCUAUGUGCUGAGCGGAGCGGGCCGCGAGGAAGGCAAGAUCGCCAUCUGGAAAGUUGAGUGAAAGCUGGGGCCUGACCACGCUGCCUUGUGAGAGGGUGCUCCCCCCGCUCCAAGCACAGUGGUGUCAGCAGCCAGUGGGGGCCCGUCGUCCUUCACCUCCGACUGCUCCCUUGGGUGAGCAGCUACAUCUUUACUGCUGAUAACCUCCACUGUGAAGUUACCUCAUUAUUACCUAGAAACUUCGAGCAUCUACCACUGGGAGCCAGCGCCACAGCUGCCAAUUUAGCCGUAUCGCAUGUGACCUGUAGUCCUCCUGCCUGGCUUCUCUUCCUCAUUCACUCUUCAUUUGUUUACUCUGCAAACACUUAGGAUUCAGCCGUGUGGUAUGGUAAUGGCUGGUAUGUGGCAGUCAGCCAUAGAGCCUUUCAUGUUUCCCUUGACUUCCGGCUUCCAGAGAGGCUUCUGAGUAUUUGAGGGUAAACACUGACAGAACCGGCUUGCACUAGCCAGGCUAUCCUUUGGAGCAGGUGACCAGGCCUGCCCCAGGGAGGGGACAGUUCUGCUCAGGUUUCCCUGUGUAGAAACUGUGGGCAGCUGAGCGGCUCUGUCUUUGCAUUUGAGUUUUAAUGGUGAAGAAACAAAUGAUUACAGGCAGGAAGCUCGUCCCAGAAGCACACGCAUGUGUAACUGCCUCACUGGCUCCCAGUGUACCUGCACUUUGUCUCCUGCAUAUGCGCGCACACAGCUUCGCUACUGAACUGUAGGUAGCUGUCUGCUCAGAGGCCUCUGCACGUGUUUACCACACUGCUCCAAUUUCCGUCUGGAAGUGUUCUGUGCGGUGGAUUUCAGUGCAGAUGCUAGGCACAAACAGGAUAAGGCCUGUCUCCUGUGUAUCCUCCUCUGAGCUCUGCAUGAAGCCCUCUGGUUUUGAGGACUCCAUGAGCACCUUGGUAGAGGCAGUCACUAAGGGGCUGCCAAUGGUCUAUGUCGGUCUCUGAGACCAGGUCAGGGUCCAGAGGUACUUGAGCUGAUGCCAGCGAAGAUGUGGGUCCAGGCUUGGAGGUUCUGUGCCACUGACUGUUGGUUCCCUUGAGGUGUGGCUCCCUUGAACACAGUGCAGAGGAUCCCUCAGAGCCACACUCCUCCCUAGAGUCUGUGCUCCCUGAGGGGUGUUUCACAUGUCCAGAAAGACAAUGUGGCCAGCAUCAAGGGCACAGGUUCAACCUGUCUUUGUAAAUAUGAGAAGCCCGCUGUAAAAGUCGAUCAUCAAUGAUUCUAAGUUAUUUAAUGUCAGUCCAUGUGGGACCAGGUAUUUAUACCGUGUGG